AUCAUAAAAGGAAAAAUAUUAUAAGAAAUAAAAGCAUAGAAAGAAAAAUAAAAGAAGAAACAACACAAAAAGAUACAUUAUUUGAGACAGAAAAUAGUGAAGUGAAAAGCGCAAAUAAAAACGACCAUAGUAAAGAAAUGCACAAUGGCUAAACAGCAAUCCAGUGUGGUAAUGGCGCUGAUAGUGAUGCAAGUGGUUGGACUUCUGGGGAUGGCGGACGUCAGAACGGUUUCAGCACCAGUGGACUUUGGUAUUGCCAAACUCAACGAAUUAAUCCGUAGAGACGAUCAGUCGCUGUGCCUCUACAUCAGCUGCCAGGAGCCACUGCAUGCUGAUGACUGUCCUGAAGAUACAAUUUAUAUGGAAGGUGUCGCCCAAUUUGGCUGUUGUGGAGCCUGUGUCCAGUUCAGACAGAUAGGUGAAAAGUGUACAGGCAGCAUCGACCCAGAGUACGGCGGAGGAUAUACCAACGACGUGGGUGGCAGUAUAACGAAGCCCUCAGACAGAAAUGUGGUGGCUUCCUCCUGGUGUAACUACCACCUCUACUGCAAGUCCAACAUGUGUCAGCUGGAUUGGGAAAAAUCAUCCUGCCUCAACACCCAGAUGUUGUACGACGAGGCGGUGGCAGGCAUCAACGGGGAGACAUAUGUACAUUUCCGAGACGACUACCGCUGGCGACCUCAGUGUACUGUUGAAGGUGAUUUUGCGCCCAAGCAGUGUAAGGGACCCAUUGGAGAGCAAAGGUGUGUGUGUGUGGACCCUGAUGGUAACUCACUGUAUGGGGCGGCCUUCCCCUUGCAGAUGGAUCUUUUCAAGUCAAUGAACUGUAUGUGUUCCAGGAGAGUGUGGGAGUUACAGCAGCAAGGAGUGACGUCGGUAACUCUACACUGUCAGGAAAACGGUAACUACGAGCCCUUGCAGUGUGAGGACGAAUGGUGUUACUGUAUGGACCCCGACACUGCCCAACCUUAUGGCUCUCGGCUACCUGAAAAAGCUACUCGCCUUUUGCCUUGUUACAACAAGACAGAAAUGGGCGAGAAGUACCUGAGACGCUGUGAGAGCCAAUACGAGGCCUACGCUGAACUGGUAGACCUCAUGGCCUUCAAGGGUGUACAAGGCCCGAGUACCCUCCUCAAGUGUGACCCUGAUGGCUCCUACAAUAGCAAACAGUGUGAUACCCAAAUGUGUCGGUGCUAUGAUAAGUACAUGGACCAAGCUCUCUCCUACCCCUCAGGAGACGGCUGUAGGUGUGCUCGGGACAGGCAGUUGUACUUAGAGAACAAAAUACAACUGGAGAUCAAGUGUAAAGUCAACACAGGCACUUAUGAGCCAAUCCAACCCAGAGGGAAAUAUGCCUUCUGUGUUGAUAGUGAUGGUGUACGAGCCGGCCCAAUGGUAUACAUGGAGUACAUAGAGAACCUCAGCUGCAACACUGCCUUGUCAUGUCAGGCCGCCGGUGGACGCGCGUGUAAUAUGACCUGUUCCAAGUGUCCCGACGAGGCCUACUACAAGUAUGACGGUAACCAGGUAGUCCUAGUGUGACGGCAAGGGUGUAGUCAUAGUGUGACAGUGACCAGGUAGUCCUAGUGUGACAGUGACCAGGUAGUCCUAGUAUGACGGUGACCAGGUAGUCAUAGUGUGAGACCAGGUAGUCCUAGUGUGAAGGCGACACUCUAUCCCAAGUAUGAGCGACAAGAAACAUCAAAUAAGAUAGUGGGUCUACCCCAAAAUGAAGCAUGACAGUGAUAAGUAAGUACUCCAUUUCUGACUGGCCUAUAUAGUUCCAUGACAAUACAGAGUUAUAUUACAUAGGUGAUAAUAUACCAUACUUAUUACAAAAGGUGAAGGUACACAUUAUAUAUAUAUAUAUAUA